GUCCGCCCUGACUCCCCGGUGACUCACUCCCCAACUGACGACUGACAAUGACAACUGACUGACAGACGUCAAGUUUCCCACGGGAAAGGUAACUCAGGUACCAAGUCAGAACCUGGCAGCUCUCGCCACUGGUUUCAGCUGUCGUCUUCAUGUUCCAGCCAGUUCACGUUGUGGCAGUGGGUCUGAGUUCCAGGUUGGGUCCGGGGCACUGGAGAUCCUACCCUCACAGUGGGAUGGUAUUAUCCGGUUGGUGGGCAUGUCCGAGAGGCUCUUCAGGUUCUAUACCUACCUACCUACCUACCUACCUACCUAGUCUCUUAGGUACUAGGUAUGCUGCUGAGCAUAAUCAUAAUGAUACUGCCUAAUACCGAGUCCCACCUGUCGACCUAGACUGAGCUAACGUUGACAGUAGGUAACUAAGAUCGACAUAGUUUAUCUGCGCUAUGAUUUGUGCAUGGGUCAAGACUGCCACGAGUUUUUUCUUUUCUCU